CCUACAGUUAUCUAUGUGUGCAGACAGUCGAUAAGUUGUCAAAAAAUGGAGUUCGCAACGAGAUUGUUUUUAUUGUGUAUUUAUAGUGUUACUGUUUUAGAAACUUAUGGCUACCAAAUAUAUUAUUUAGAAGAUGCAAAUGUCUGUUCCUCGGCCAAAAGGACUAUUAAAAUGAAUUCAAGGAGUACUGCACUCUUGAUACAACUUUCAAAGUACCCUCAUGUUACUGAGUUAGCGAUUGACUGCCAUCUAGAAAUAGAAGCACCAAAAAAUCAGGGUUUGCAAGUUGUUGUUGAAGACAUUAAUCUUAGGAGAAAUCCUUUGGAUAAUGAGUGUGAUGACUAUGUCUGGUUUGGCAGAGAUGAUGAUGGCUACCUCAGCAAAAAGUUGUGUGGAGAAAGAAAACUGGUUCCCAUCUAUGAUUAUACCAGUGAACGUCCAUCAGAAUCCAAUGAUGAAGAAGUUCUCCACAAUUAUGUGGAAUCACUUAUUCCUGAAGGACCAGAAGCAACAACAUUUUAUGACCCUGGUGGAGAGUUGCACAUAUGGUUUAGAAAAACCAGCAGGAAAGUGGAUCAAAAUCUUCAACCCCUACGACUUAAAGUAGUUGUAACUUCUUACAGACAGACUUGCAAAACAAAUGACACUGCUUACUGGCCAUGUAUACCCAGUGUUGACAAGUCAACCAAGAUGCAAGAAAAAUGCAUCCCAUCCAAUUUGAAAUGUGAUGGACACGUCAAUUGUGGAGCAGGACUUUUUUCGGAUGAAACGGGAUGUGCCGUCGCAACAUCGAGCAAUAUUUCAAACAACGCCAUCAGCACAGCGUCGCUCGUCAUUCUGGGAGCCGUAGCACUUCUCAUUUUAUGCCUGAUGGCAAGCAUGGUGUGUUUCUGCCGCCGGCGCAAAGCACGACUUCGCCGCGCGAGAAAUCAAGAAGAUUGCCAAGUCGUAUCAACCUUACCCAUACCUCAUCAUGCCGGCGAAGUUCCUUUAGAAAGAUGGCGAGUUCCUCUGCAUGACGAGGCUCCGGCCACUAAGGCUCUAGAAGAUCCGCCUCCGAGUUAUUCGGAAUUGUUUCCGGAUUACGCAGCCGUGCCGCAGCAAUCAACUGACUCGAACUGACGCUUGAUCAAAACUAUUGCUUCAAAAUCUUCCAAAACUCAAAACGGGAAGAGAACGUAUCGGCUCUCGCAUAGCGCUUUCAUGACAGCAAGAGACACUCUGUUUUCAAAUUGCCAACUUCCUUUUUAAAUCACUGCCAAUUUCACAUUUUCUAUCCCUCUUCUAUUCUUCUUUCCUUUUGAAGAAGCAGCGCCACAGUAUUCAGGUUAUCAUCACAUGUACCAGUAUUGAGGUCUUGCUUAGAAAUGAUGGACUGAUUCACUUGAACAGUGAAAGCCAAAAAUUCAGACUUCGAUUUUCAUCUAUAGAAAAAGUUCCUUGCUCAUGAAUUCGGCUUCUAUCCCACCUUUUCUCUCUACUAUCGUAAAGAUUUGACGCCAUUUUUCCUCGUGCUAGUCUAGUAGGCCUAGCCUUUUGUCCUAGAAAGCGUUUUGCCUGGUUGCACUUUGAAGUUUGGAUCUGAUUAGGUGCCGAAGUGUAUAGACGUCAAGUAUCAGAUUAUUUGGGGUAAUAGAACGUAGGGUGCAAUUUAAAGGUACCCAUCAGGACGCACAUAUCGUCGCACACUAGAAAACUAGCAAGAAGAAAAACUCUUUGUACAUUUUUACAUUUUUUUUUUCACUUUUACCUCUCAUCUUGCUCUCACCCUAACCCCCUCCCCCCCAUCUUUGUCGAUGUAAUAAAUGUGUCGUUCGCGUAGCGGUCGGUCUGUA